AAAAGAAGAAAAUUUUGACAUUUAAUUUUUUAGGUUAUUUUAAAAAACGGUAAACAUUUAUUUACAGAUGUGAAACUAUCUACUUAUUUAACUAUAAUCGUCGUAUUAACUCAAAAUGGAGCGAAAUAAAAGUGGUCCUGGCACUAGGGGCCCCAAAUCAAAAAUUACUCAACAACUACCAGAUUCCUUCAUAGCUCUAGGAGCAAAGCAAUCGUCUCCAAGAGAUGACCCCAAAAGGACAGUUCCGUUACCAAAGUCCUCAGUUAGUUCUCACAUUGCAGGAAGCUCCGGAAAAGCACCUGUGGAUAAGUUGAAAAGAGAUUCAACUAGUGCAGGUAUCACUCCUGUAAAUCCUUCAAAGAAAAUUAAAGUAAACAUUCCAGGCUCACGUCCAGGACUCUCAGUAGCCAGUGGUUCUGGUUUACUACCUAUUGACAGACUAGUUGGUGGUCAGAUUGGGGUGGAGCCCUGGGAAUCGCUUGUAAUUGAGUGCGAUACUGGAGAAAUUUUCGAAAAUAUCGUCACACAAAUUAACAAUGAUAACCUUGAUAAAGCUAUUGGAUACGUUUUGGGUCUAAUAAAGAGCAUGAAAACCCAAAGAUCUAAACCAUGUAAAGUAGCAUACACAGUAUUUUUCCUAGUUGCUACUUGUAAGCCAUCCAUCUAUACCAACGAUUUCGUUGUAAAUGCAAUGUUAAGUUUGCUGAGAAGAGAUUUAAAUUCUGGACUGAAAGCAGUCAACAAAAGUAAUCCACAUGUUCAUCAGAUAUUUUUGAAUUUACUGGCACACGCUUAUUCUGAUGUUCCUAAUUGGCCUGAAAUUUUUGUUAAGUUGUAUGUUGAAGAUGCUGUUGGAGAUAGAGUAUUUGUAGAUGCUCCAUUUUGUAAACCAUUUGUAGACAAUAUAGUAACAGCCUUUAACACAAAAAUGCCACCAUCUUCACUGCUAAAAUCAGAAACAUGGUCAUCUGCAACACGAGAUACAUCUAGCCCUUUAACAAUAAACAGCAUUGAUGAAGAUGAAGUUUUCAGCGAACAACGAGCAAUGGUUGAAGCUUGGACGCCAAAAGUAUUCCCCAGAUAUACUCAAUCUCAAGAGAAAGUAGAGCAAAUAGUCCUGGAAGCUAUAAAAGAACAAUUAGCUAGACGACAACAACCAGAAACCAUUACAAAAAAUUUCGUAAGGUUUCUUAGCACCGCUUGCGGUUUAGUUGAAAUACGCAUCAUAGCGGUAUCGCGAAUUGAAACGUGGCUGCACAAUCACAAAUUGAUGAAACCCGCCCAAGAACUGUUAGCUUACUUGUGCUACAACUGCUCUGCCAAUUCGCAAAGGGAUUUAGAAGUGAUUGCUCAAUUGAGCAAAUUGAGACUGAAGAAUAAACCGAUAGUGAAUUAUUUCAAUAAUUGUUUGAGGGAGAUGGUGUUUUCUUUUCCUGAGAACUUGUAUCCAUUGCUGAAAUAUACUAUUUAUAAUGAAUUGAGCAACGCUAGAAAUACUAACAAUUUAAUCGUGGUCGGGGCGCUGUUCCAAGUAGCUCCUGAUCCUAGCGCCGAUGCCUUUGCUGACAUUUGUUUGGAACUCCUGUUAAACAAAGAUGACUACUUAAGAUCGCUGCGGGCUUUGUUGAAAGAAAUCAACAGAGUGCUCAGACAAGAACUGAACCUAUUGAGCAUCGUUCACGCCUUGUUGCGCGAACGCAAAGAAUUCGCCACCAGCGUUCGCGAUCAUGAAUUCCGCGAACGGAUCUUUCUCUCUCUAGCCGAUCUUAGCUCGAUGGCGAUGCUGCUGUGCGUCAGUCCACCGGUACGGGACGCCGCGACGCAAAGCAAACGGGACGUCGCCGUGCUUAAAUCCUUUCAGGUGCAGGUCAGCAACAUACAAAGGGAGUGCGUCGCGUGGUUGCACGAUUCCGCUUUGAGGAUAUACAGGCCGAACAUCACCGAUUUCAAUCACGUGCUGCACAAGAUUUUGUUCCUGGAACAGGCUGAGCAUUAUUAUAAAGUUGAUAAUUGGCCCGGGGAGAACGAGAGGAAUCUGUUUUUAAGACUCACCAGCGAAGUUCCUCUACUACAAGCUACUUUACUAAGAAUAUUAUUGAUAGGGAUAUCAAAAGAGCACCCGAUAAGCGCCCAGGAGGUUAUAGAUAUCACGGAACAAUUGAUAAAGAGAGCUGCUAAUUUGCCGCAAGAUUGCGCUCCUCCGUUGGUCGUUGAAAAAUUAGAAAUAAUCGAUUUCUUCUUUAAUUUGUGCAGCUAUAAUUACCCGGAAAAUUUUACGCUGCCAUUGGGUUACAUCCCGCCGAAAUUGGCGAUUACGAAUUUGUAUUGGAGGGUGUGGUUGAUGCUUUUGAUACUGGCUGCCCAUAAUCCUCUAACUUUUGGUAGCUUAGCUUGGAAUAAGUACCCGACAUUGAAGAUGUUCAUGGAAAUGUGUAUAACUAACCACUUUUCAUUUCCUCCACCGACUAUGACUUCCUUGGAAGAAGACUAUCAGACGAAAGAGCAGCAAAUUCUUGUACUGGAAAAACAAACUAUCUUAGAAUUUGAAUCGCAUUUAGCAGCCGCCAGUACUAAAAUGGAAAUCAACGAGCAAACCAGUUUGUUGUUGCCGCAAUGCAUGGAACUCAGACCUCAAGGCGAUGCCAGAAGACCGCCGCAGAACAUAUUGGAUCAGUUACAGGCUUUGAACAAUUCGCAUCGCUUAGGACACUUAUUGUGCAGGUCGCGACACCCCGACUUCCUUUUAGACAUAAUGUCAAGACAGGGCGGUACAGCACAUAUGCCUUGGUUGGCAGAGCUGGUACACAGUUCUGAAGGAGUUCUGGCUCAUUUACCGGUUCAGUGUUUAUGCGAAUACCUCCUAUCCACCGCUCCUGCCGAAAAAUUAACCAAACACGGUCAACUGUUAGCUCAUUUGAGGACGGUCGUAAAUGGUAAUGAUCCCCAAACCGCUUGCGAAGUCUUGGAGUACCUAUUUAGGAGGUUAACUUCGGAUCACGGUGCCAGCCGUACUCAAGCCACGAAAGGUCUGGACUUGAUUCUAGCACCCGCCGACGACAUUGAAACGACCAACGAAAGUCACACGCUCUGGUUAACGCAGUAUAUUACGCAGUUCACGCAUUUUACGCUGAUAAAACCAGUGCUGAUUCAGUUUCUGAGGCAAGCGCUUCAAAUCGAAACGAACCCUUCUAGAGUAUCGAGUUACAUAAACUUUUUGUCUUUGCAAGAGUGCAGCGAUUCGUUCGUGGAAUUGAACGAGCUGGUUACUGAUCUGUCGUCUGUCAUAAUCGAGCGACACAGCGUUGCUUCUUAUGUUUUACCGGGCGAAAACAAUACGACGCUAAAGAACCUGCUGCAGAUAUUCUACUUGUACACUCAGAAAGCCAAAGAAAACGCUGAAGAAUCUUACACGAUCCACCAGAGUUACGGCAACGAAUAUGUCAUAGUAUCUUGGGCUACGGGCGAACAAUGCCCUCUACAACCUUUAAUCAUACACGCGACCAUCGUUUUGUUGACCUACGGUCCUCUGGAGCUAUACGAACCGUUCAAGAUGCUUUUGAACCUCUGGUUCCCGGAAAAUAUGGAGCACCCGAGGGCAUACUCGCCGGAUACCUCUGAAACCACUUCGUAUUUACCAGAUUGGAUGAAACUGAGGAUGAUCAGGUCAAAUGUGGCCCAUCUUGUGGACGCCGCUAUAGAAAAAUUGGAACCCCCGAAACUGGUACUGUUUAUUCAGUCUUUUGGCAUUCCCACAAAUUCUAUCAGUAAGUUGUUACAUACUUUGGACAAGGCUACGAUUUUGGAUCCUAAACUGGUCGUGGACAAUGUGCUAGAUAAGGCCUACAUGAUACAAUUGGUCGAAGUGCAGAAUAAAAGGGGCGCCACAGGCGGCGAGACUUUUGUAAAAGCCAUAGAAAUGCAGAUUCCUGUCAUCCAAGACGUCGAAAUCAAUGUAGACGUUGAAAAUAAAAAAGAAUUACCUGUCGUGUUGAAAUCUCAAAAAAUCGUGUCCAACGACGGCGACAUUGUUCAAAGUUUGAACAAUCUUUUCAAUCCACAUUACCAGUGCGAUAAAAAUCGCAUAAUAUUGUCGUUGAUUAAGAGUAUAACGUCGAAGAAGAGCACCGCCGAUUUAAUCUUCAAUUUCAUAAAAUCCAUCCCAAUAAACUACACGUUGCCGGUUAUAGUGAAGUACAAUUCCAUUUCGACGCUAAUCCGUUUGAUUUUCACCACGGGUGAGAACAGUCCCGAAAAGGCCGCGUUCGCCGCGCAAUUCUCGGAUCUGAUACCGAACAAACGGUCGUGCAUUUCCGUCGUGCUGCGGCAGUACGCGACGAGCGGUCGUCGCGACAGCAAAGAGAUCAAAAUGGAGAUCGGUACGGAGACGGCGGGUAACGCAAGCGCCAAUUGCCCGGACGAGAUCGGCGAAAAGUUGGGGAAGAUGCUGUUGGAGGGCGGGAAUAAAGCGGAAAAGACCGGAUUGAUAGUCGAUUGGUUGUCGGCUAUCGAAUUGGAAAUCGCCAACUCCGAUAAACAUAAAUUACAGAUGGAGUUGUUGUUUUCUCAACAAAAUCUCCAAUUCAGACCGUUGCUGAUGUCGUUGGUUCUGCAACGGGCCAGUUGGAAAAUACUGCACAAUAUUAUGAUAUAUCUCUUGAGAGAGGAUUUCGUAACGAAAGUGUGUCCGACGUCCGCUUUGGAUUUUUUGAUGGCAUUGACGAAAAGCCCGAAAUUGUGGCAGGGGCGCGACAAGGCCAUACCGAAACAUUACCAUUUCGAAGAUGUGCUGCAACUCAACUGUGCGCAGGCCUUGAUUAUGAUAAAAUACGUAAUCGAAGAAUCGAAAAUAAACGUGGUUAAUUGGCAACGAAAAAUGGAAACUCGUUUGCAGCUGGUACUCAGAAGUAUCGGAAACAACGCUGGUACCAUAAUGAAGACGUUGUUACAAGAGACCGAUGAUAAAUAUACGCAAGAGUUAAUUUUGAUGAUCUACAUGUCCAUUCCGUAUUCCGGACAAGACGGAUUUGACGUAAAACCUGAAACUUGUACGGACAUUUACAGCAAAAAUUGCCCGAGCACGAUAGACGAAAUAUCCCAUUGCCUAUUGAGCGCUCUAGCGGCAACACCGCGCAACAAAGACUGGGCGAAGAAAAGCCAAGAAUUGGAAUUGUGCGCAAGGAAACUAGCAGCCACCCAUCCGGUUCUAGUAUUGCGGCAACUACCGAUGCUAGCGGGUUGCUUGAAGGGCCGAGCCCAAUACGAUUGGGGCGUGCUGAAGAGCAGAGGUCAUUUCAUGCUCUUCGCCCAAAUCAUCGGCAUCAUGGAGCUUCUACAGCCGUACAUUUUCGAUCAGACGACCACGUUGUGCGAGCUGUUGGACUCGUACUUUUUGCUUCUACAGUACCACGGGCACGGGAAGGAUUUGAACGUGCUGGUGAUAAGGCUGGUUAACUUUAUCCAGAACUGGAUGGUGCGAGACGUCAAGGGUGCGUCUAAAUAUCUACAAAACCACGGGACUUUAUUGCACGAUCUUCAAUUUAGCCAACCAGGCGUGCGUCCUCUUCUUUCCAGCGUAUCCCUUCCGACUGCCGAUCAGCAACUGGGCGCCAGCGAAGUCCUAGUCGGUACAGUGACUCCGCCCGUUCCGGAAUCGUACCCUCAACAUUGGUCGCAGCUUAAAACGGCGUUACAGCAACAAGACAAUCUAUCCGCUCUGCAGGAACUCGACCACAUAACCAGCAAGCGACCGCAAUGGUUAGAGGAGGUUUCGCAGCAUCUUUGCACCUCUAUCGGUUCACCUAACAGUUCCGUGCGGUCUUUAGCGCUGCUGUUGAUCGUCAGAUGGUUGAAGCACAAUCCCACAGCUGCUAACGAAGCGCUUCCUGCGGUGCUGGCUUGCUUGGAUAGCAAAAACGGAGAUGUCGUAGAUAGCGUGCUGGAGAGACUGUCUGAUUUGGUGGCGGUUAUGCAGGAAUACGCGAAAAUUAUUUUGACUAGAGUGUUCCAGUUGGGUAUGAAGUCUACUAUUAAUUCAUCAAAUAGUAUCACUAAGAGCGUGGGGUUGUUGAGUUUGCAGUAUGGAUGUUAAGUUUAGUUAGACAGUAUCUAUAUCUAUGUAAAUUUAGUUUAAGAAAUAAACGUUUUAUGAUUUUUAUAUGAUCAAUUUUGUUUUAUUGGUAUUUAGAACUGUGUUUAGGUAAAAAUAUAUAACC